AAUUUGGACACACGCUCCGGUUAAUUAGUUUUCGAAACACCACCGUUCCUCGCACCACCACCGAAAAAAAAAAGAAUGUCCGUUACCCUGCGACUCGUUUGCCUGAUGGCCUGCUGCGUUGCCCUGGCCGUGGCGAAUCGCCCCCACUACGGCGGAUCCGGAUACGGUUCCAACUACGGAGAUGUGGUCAAGGCCGCCGAGACCGCCGAGGCCCAGGCUUCCGCCCUGACCAACGCCGCCGGUGCCGCUGCCUCCGCCGCCAAGUUGGACGGAGCCGAUUGGUAUGCCCUCAACCGAUAUGGUUGGGAGCAGGGCAGGCCGCUCCUGGCCAAGCCCUACGGUCCUCUGGACAAGCUCUACGCCGCCGCCCUGCCACCGCGCUCUUUCGUGGCCGAAAUCGAUCCAGUCUUCAAGAAGAGCCACUAUGGCGGAGCUUACGGCGAGAAGGCGAUUCUGAACACGGAAUCCAAAUUGGGUGUUGUGGCCAUCUAAGAGCUUGGAUUGUGUAGCUCCAAAAGUGUUAAUAAAUAGUGAUAGCUUAAAGCGAAA